GGCUCAAGUCGGUUUGGCGCAAUCUGGCCUUUGCAGCUUUGAGGUGCUGCAGGCCAUGGGUGAAGCUUGCCCAUCAGGCCCUGUGCCCUCUGUGGCAGGCACUGUUGGCUUCCGGGCUUGCGUGGCCGCUGUGGGGUGGAUCCCAGCGACCCUCCUGAAUAUCGUUCUCCCAGUUAUCGCGCUGUGGCGAGGCGAUGUUGCGCUGCCGAACGUCAUGUUGUCUGAUGUAAUGGCUUCUGGACCCUUCUACGAGGCUGUUUAUACGUGGGGAUUCUCUAUCUCCAUGGUUUGUGUUUGCUUUGUGUUCCGCGAAGCUUCCACGUUCUGGCGUCAGAAGCUUCCAUCGCUGACGCCAGACGUGGACCGCUUUGUGUUCCUGCUGUAUGCAUUCUGUGCACCAUGCUUGCUGGGGUUGGUGGCGUUUCAGUACAAGCAUGACAUGUCCUUGCAUUCGAAGGAUUUUUGGGAGCUGCUGUUGGACUAUGACUUUCUUUUCUGGGCGCUGCAUUGCUUCCACACCUCGGUUUUCUUCCUCACCUGCUGUGCCAUGGCUUAUAUCUACGGCCUGCGGCUCAGUCCGGCGCUGGACGCAGAGGGUCUGACACACCCCGCGGACAAGUUUUGGCGCAGCUCGGGAUCCUGGUGCAUUUUGAUGCUUACACCAAUCGGCGCGGUGGUGCGUUUUUUUCACCUCUUCGUCGGGACAGCUCUUUGGGGCAUUCUACUUGUUCUGGUGGAGGUUGCACUGAUUCAGAUGUUCGUGGUGGUCACAUUUCUGGGUGUUGCUCGCCUGAUGAUGGAGCUAGAUGUGGCGGAACCUAUGCUGGACAUGACGCACAUUGGCUGGAAGAGAAAGUCUGCUUGAGCGGAUGACAAGCAAACAUUGUCACUGCUCACUGUCGAGUCACAUCAGGAAUUAUCCUUAGACGGACAGACAAUUCCUGCAAAGUUGUGCUGUACAGAACGCAGGCAGGUGUAGAUAGCGGGUUUCAGGUUCCUUGCCAACAUCAUGUAGGUGGGCACUCAUUCUCCUCUGCAGAGAAUUUCUGCAGUCUUCUGCAUGUGACAUUUGAAUUACAUGCUUGACCUGUGAUGAUGC